AAUCUUUUAAAAGUAGGUUGUGCUAAGCAAGGUUGAAUUUCGUAACUCUUGUCGCUGUUAUCUGGUUAAGUUUUAUUUCCCCCCAGAAGUUUCCUGCCUCCAUUAUUCGCUACAGGAACAUAUGUUUUUUUUCUAUGUUAAUCCGGAGGUGGUUAAAAAAAGAAAUCUGAACAACCCGAAUUCCGAUGUUUUACUGCUUAUUGGCUAGUCAGUUUUACCGCUCCGUUCACUGAUACCCUGUGGAACCUCGCCGGCUAACCACUUUCUGCGGACUCCGCUUCAAACACACCCAGCAGGAAUGAACCACAAAAGUAAGAAACGAAUCAAAGAAGCAAAACGGAGUGCUAGGCCCGAACUAAAGGAUUCACUUGACUGGACAAAACAUAACUACUUCGAGACUUUUGAUCUUUCGCACCGGACAGUGAAGGACAAUGUGGAGAGGGUGGAUGCACUGCACCUGAGCCCAGAUGAGUUCAUUCAGCGCUUCGAGAAGCCCUAUAAGCCUGUAGUCCUUCUUAAUUGUCAGGAGUUGUGGCCUGGCAGAGAGAAAUGGACCUUGGAACGCCUGAAGCGCAAGUACCGUAACCAGAAAUUCAAGUGUGGGGAGGACAAUGAUGGCUACUCUGUGAAGAUGAAGAUGAAGUAUUAUGUUGAAUAUAUGGAGUCCACCCGUGAUGACAGUCCGCUCUAUAUCUUUGACAGCAGUUUCGGUGAGCACGCCAAACGCCGCAAACUGCUUGAAGACUAUCAGGUGCCCCUCUUCUUCAGAGAUGAUCUUUUUCAAUUUGCUGGAGAGAAGCGCAGACCACCUUACAGGUGGUUUGUGAUGGGCCCUGCACGCUCUGGUACAGGCAUUCACAUUGACCCACUGGGCACAAGUGCAUGGAAUGCCCUGGUGCAGGGUCAUAAGCGCUGGUGCCUUUUCCCCACACACACACCACGUGAGCUUAUCAAGGUAACCCGAGAAGUGGGUGGCAACCAGCAGGAUGAGGCCAUCACCUGGUUCCGUGUGAUUUACCCACACACACAGCUACCUUCCUGGCCUGCUGAAUUCAGGCCACUGGAGAUUCUGCAGCGUCCUGGAGAAACUGUGUUUGUUCCUGGUGGCUGGUGGCAUGUUGUUCUCAACUUGGAGACUAGUAUUGCAGUCACUCAGAACUUUGCAAGUACUACAAACUUUCCCAUUGUUUGGCACAAGACUGUUCGUGGGCGUCCUAAACUCUCCAGGAAAUGGUACAGAAUUCUAAAACAGGAGCGUCCAGAUAUAGCUGCACUGGCAGACAAAGUGGACCUGCAGGAGUCCACAGGCAUUGCUUCAGACAGCUCUAGUGACUCGUCAUCCUCCUCUUCUUCCAGUUCCUCUGAUUCUGAUUCAGAGGCUGAAUCAGGCUCUGAAGGUGAUGCCAUGAUCCACCGCAGGAAAAAGCGAAGAACCUGCAUCAUGAUGGAAAAUGGUGACAGCACAAGCCAAGAUGACUGUGUGAGCAAAGAGCGUAGCUCAUCCCGAUGACCUUCUCCCUCAACUCCACCAGAGGCACAGCUCCCUCACUUUUUAUCACUCUAGACUGCUGCCCAAAUACAUCAUGAAUGACUAAAUUGGGGCAAGAAGAAAGUAAUGUCUGUGGUAUUUGUUUGAUGGUGAAUAUGAAAUACAGCGAUAAGGUUUGUGGUUUUUGCAAGCAUAAUGGCAAGCUGUACAGUGCAUUCUUUUUCUUUCCCUAUUUAUGGACUUUUAUAAUGGGAUGAGUGUUGGUAAUGAUGUGUACAUCUGGCACAUUUAUAUUUCACUUAAUUUGGCUGGGAAAGUGCAGUUAUGUGAAAUUUAGCCUUCAUUGGUUGCCCCCAACCCCAUCAAAAGAUUUGACACUUGUCUUGUACUGUUAUGCCAAGCUUCAGGCUCGCAGACCUAAAUUAUGCAGUUAAAGCUAAAUUAUCUACAUGAAAAUAAUUGUUUAAAGACAUUGUUUAAUGUCAGCCUAUAUGGCUGCAUUAUUGCAGGGGUUUUAUGAAUGCAGAAUUCAUGUUUGAUUUUAUAUUUAAUGCAUUUCUGAAGACUUUUUAAUAGAGUAUGUUAUUCUAUCUACUGCAUCUUGUAGUGUAUAUGAAUACAAUUACAGUGCAUUUCUCUGUAGAGAGAACUCAACCCUCCUGCUUAAUGGAAGUCUGUCUUUAAUUUAUCUCAAUAAAUGUAAUGCAUACAAACCUCUGGAAAGCAUAUUUGACCUGAUUUGAGGUUUUGAUGUUCCACUGUUGGAACAUUAAGAACAGUGGUUGUAGUUUUGAAUUUGCAGCACUGACAAAUUCAAAAGCUGAAAUUUCAAGUAAACAACUUGGUAAAGGAAAACCUUUCAGUGAUAAUUGCAUGCAUGCUACAGAUGCAGUAGAUGCAAACGAGGAGAAUAAAUACUGCAAAAUUCAGUUCUUUUACAAACACUCUGAGAAGGAAAAUUAGUGCCAUUUAACUCCAGUUCUAAACACAUUAAUGCUCUACAUGACAUUUAACCAGCAAUUCUACACCAGGAAUACCUGACUUCAUCCAUUUUGACUCCAGUCAAGCAGUACAAAAACCAGCACCCAUUGGAGGAGUUCAGUGAAGCAUUCACAGUAUGGGUGAAUAUGCGGAGUUUAAAAUGAGGGCUGUGCAUGGGUGUUUGAAUAUAUGGAUAACCAUAUGAGAUGCCAGUAUUUGAAUAUGAAUUCAUGAUUCAGAUAUUUAUAUCUAUGUACUUCAAUGAGAGUGUAAAAAUUAAAAGCUGCAUAUGGUGAUAUUUUUGUACAGAGUGUGGUGUUAUGGUGCUGAUAUUUUGAAUAACCUGUAGUACAACUCCAUUAAAAAAUUUACUACAAUA